UUUUCACCGAAAAACUUGUUGCCUAGAAUGAUUUUGGAAGUUGAUCUUCUGUAUUGAGCACAUUGAUGCAUUGGCUCAAGUUAUGAAUCACCGACAAGAGGAGUUUUCGAGAUUUCAGGGUUGGAAAUCAGAGAAAAAUUCUGAAGGAAAUUUUCAUGCUAAGGAUGGAGUGCACCGAAGUAAAGCUGUAAUAGCUUCCAACGAAUUACAUAAAGGCUUGGAACCUGGUAAAUGGAGGGCCAAAAGCAUAAUUCAAGCCGUAAAAUCCAGUUUAAGUGGUUUUGUGGAAGAAAGCUUGGGAUCCAACAAGAACAUACUUGAUCCUCAAGGACCUUUUCUUCAAAAGUGGAACAAAAUAUUUGUAUUAUCGUGUGUAAUUGCAAUCUCCUUGGAUCCUUUGUUCCUUUACAUUCCAUUGAUUGAUAAUGACAACAAAUGCCUGGGGUUAGACAGAACAUUGGAGGUUACAGCUAGUGUUUUGCGUUCUUUUACUGAUAUAUUUUACUUUCUUCAUAUUGCCCUUCAAUUUCGAACUGGUUUCAUUGCUCCUUCUUCACGUGUAUUUGGAAGAGGCGUUUUAGUUGAAGAUGCUUGGGAGAUAGCAAAGAGAUACUUGUCCACGUACUUCUUGAUUGAUAUUCUUGCAGUUCUACCACUACCACAGGUUGUAAUUUUAAUUAUUAUCCCUAAGUUGCGGGGUGCAACAUCUUUGAAUACCAAGAAUUUGCUGAAGUCUGUUGUCUUUUUCCAAUAUAUUCCGAGGGUCCUUCGAGUUUAUCCUUUAUAUAAGGAAGUCACAAGAACAUCUGGCAUACUCACUGAAACAGCAUGGGCUGGAGCUGCUUUCAAUCUCUUCCUUUAUAUGCUUGCCAGCCAUGUACUUGGAGCCUUUUGGUAUCUGUUUUCUAUAGAACGUGAAACUACUUGCUGGAAACAAGCUUGUGCAAAUUCCUCUGCCUGUCGUCAUGCCUCGUUGUAUUGUGAUGAUGAUCAUACAGGAUUUAAAACAUUGCUGAAUAUUUCCUGCCCUAUAGAGACACCAAACACAACGCUCUUUGAUUUUGGGAUGUUCCUUGACGCUCUCCAAUCAGAUGUUGUGGGAUCAAUGAAUUUUCCACAGAAGUUCUUUUAUUGUUUCUGGUGGGGUUUACAAAACUUAAGUUCCCUUGGUCAAAACCUCCAAACAAGUACCUACGUAUGGGAAAUUUGCUUUGCAGUUUUCAUUUCCAUCUCCGGCCUGGUGCUAUUUGCCUUUCUCAUUGGAAAUAUGCAGACAUGUUUGCAGUCCUCAACAAUGAGACUAGAGGAGAUGAGGGUGAAAAGGCGAGAUGCAGAACAGUGGAUGUCACAUCGGCUACUCCCUGAGAACCUCAGAGAGCGAAUUAGGCGCUAUGAGCAAUACAAGUGGCAGGAAACAAGGGGUGUUGAGGAAGAGAAUCUGAUUCACAACCUUCCUAAAGACCUCAGAAGAGAUAUAAAGCGCCAUCUUUGUUUAGCUUUACUGAUGAGAGUGCCAAUGUUUGAAAAAAUGGACGAACAACUCUUGGAUGCACUAUGUGACCGACUCAAGCCAGUGCUCUACACCGAGGACAGCUACAUUGUUCGUGAAGGUGACCCAGUUAAUGAGAUGCUGUUUGUAAUGAGGGGCAAACUACAGUCUGUAACCACUAAUGGAGGGAGGACAGGUUUUUUCAACUCCGAGUAUCUAAAAGCUGGUGAUUUUUGUGGAGAGGAGCUUCUUACUUGGGCUCUUGACCCUCAUUCAUCAACUAACUUACCUAUCUCAACCCGAACUGCACAAGCACUCUCAGAAGUUGAAGCAUUUGCUUUAGUGGCUGAUGAUUUGAAGUUUGUGGCCUCUCAGUUUCGAAGACUUCACAGUAAGCAGCUCCGCCAUACUUUCAGGUUUUACUCAGGUCAUUGGAGAACUUGGGCAGCUUGCUUUUUACAAGCAGCAUGGCGCAAUUAUUGCAGGAAGAAGGUAGAAGAAUCUCUUCGUGUAGAAGAAAGCAGGUUGCAAGAUGCAUUAGCAAAGGAAGGUUCCAGUUCACCAAGUUUUGGUGCUACCAUCUAUGCAUCAAGAUUUGCUGCUAAUGCACUUCGCGCUCUGCGACGCAAUAAAGCAAAUAAAGCAAGAGUGCCAGACAGGAUAACACCCCUUCUGCUUCAGAAACCAACAGAGCCAGAUUUUACUGCUGAAGAUAAAUAGCUGCCAUUAGUCAAUGUAAUGUGUGAUCAAUGAUUGAGUUGCAUUUUUGGCCAUGUUUGUUGUGUAUAAUACACUUAUAGGAAAUUUCUUCAAGCCUAAAGGCUUGUUGGAAUAAAAGCAAUGGUAUUUGUACAAAAGAAAUGAUGCUUCUACCCUUUUACCAAAUUAUUAUAGAAUCCACAACAAUGAC